AUGUCAGGAAAGCAAUUACCUUUAUGGGCACUCACUCCAAAGGAAGAGAAAGAAGCAUACGCCAACUGGAAAAAAAGUGCUUACCAACAUUGUGACGACGAUGUCAAAAACUUUGCCGCCUGUUCUAAAGCUGCUGGGAUCUCAGUGACUUUGAAAUGCAGAGGUUUACACAAUAAGAUGUACGCUUGUAUUGAAAGUUAUCAAACUAAAGAGAAUUUAGAUCUUGAAUAUGACAAGGUCAUUGAAAGAAAGAGACAGAAAAAAGACUGA